AUGGCGCAAGAUAUGGAUCAUGGCAUCGAUCCACUCCCGCUCAAAGGUGUCGUCCUCUGCUGCACAUCGCUUCUGCAGGAUGCCAGAAUAAAGCUCGCCGAAACUGCUCAAGAGAUGGGCGCAAUCCACAAGCUGGACCUCACCGCAGACGUAACGCAUCUCAUCGUGGGCAGCAUCACCACGCCAAAGUACUGCUACGUCGCGAAAGAGCGGCCCGACAUCAAAGUGCUACACCCAGACUGGAUCGAGGCAGUCCGCGUGCCGUGGAUGGACGGACAGGACGUAGAUGUGCCGUCUCUCGAGUGGCAACACCAGCUACGGACAUUCCAUAAUCUACAGAUUUGUGUGACAGGUUUCGAGGAACAAGAGGAGCGCAACGCGAUUGCUGCAAAGGUUAUCAGCGAGGGUGCUACGUAUCACGGAGACCUGACGAAGGUGGUCACUCACUUGAUUGCUGCCGUGCCGCAAGGGAAGAAGUACGUGGCUGCAAGAUCGUGGGGUAUCAAGGUUGUGUCGCAGAAGUGGUAUGAGGACAGCUUGUCGCGAGGCAUGGCUCUGGAUGAGAGUUUGUAUGAUCCUGUCAUGCCUGUGGAAGAGCAAGGUAUAGGCGCGUUCAGGUUGCAGCCGAGAGCACGGACAAGCUUGGGCAAACGAGGCAGAGACGGCGAAGCGGAGGGCUCUACCGAGGCGACCAGGAAGAAGCUACGGCGAACAACAAGCACACGGCUGGAGAGUCAAAGCCAGGACAUGUGGCAGGAUAUAUCUGCGCACAGCGUGGGUGUCGAGACCUCUGGCGUGGACCAGUGGACGGAUCACGACGACCGUUCGACCACACGUGAUACAGGAGAGUCAUCGAUGACCGUGACAAGCAUGACUGAGCCUCCUCACAGGCAUCGCGAAGUCUCGGAGGGUCUGUUCUCUGGCAUCUACAUCUUCCUCUACGGCUUCGAUGCGAAACGCACGCAACGACUGCACGAGUUCCUGGAUCCCAACUGCGCACGUAUUGUCAAGAGUCUGACGGAGUUUGAGAACGCAUCCACCAAUCCAUUCUUCAAACAACGCUACUUGCUGGUGCCAUAUGACGGAAACCCUGCCAAGCUACAGCUUCCACCAGUUCCCGCGGCCACACAGACGGCUACGGAGUGGUGGGUCGAACGAUCGAUAUCCCACAAGCGUGUACUCGAUCCCAACGAUGAUGUGCUGAGUGCACCACUGUGGAUGAUUGGCCCGUCUGCUUUCAAAGACAUGCGUGUGUCGACCACAGGAUUCUCAGGCCUGGAUCUGCGGCAGAUAGCUAAAGCAGUCGACCUGCUGGGCGGCACUUAUUGGCAGACGUUGCAGUCGUUCAGCACUGUCUUAAUAUGCGCGACGGAUUCGAUCAAGAAGGAAAAGGCUUUCUAUGCACAGAAGCACAACAUCCCUGUGGUGUCCGCUGACUGGCUGUGGACAUGCCUCAAGACUAGCAAACAGCCGCCAUUCGACAAGUAUGCAAUCGCCCUACCUGCGUACGAUCCCGCAAGUAUGGGCGGCGAAUCGUCUUACACAGGCAGUCCAGCCCCGUCUGAAGCGCAGAAGCCGAUCAGGAAAGAUGAGCAGAUGUCAAAGCGUCUCUCCAACACCAGGAAGAAGCAGGCGACGCCGUCUCUUCCACUGCAAGCCGCGAGGUCGAGCCAUCAAUCUGCCGCACAGAAACCACAACCAUUCGUUCACGAGGACGAGGAUGAUGACCAAUCGUUAGACAGCGCGCCACCACCUCCACUCGCUCCGCGCGAGUCGCUACGAAGAGCCUCUCAGCCCCUGCAAGAGCUCUCGCCUAAUCGGUCGCCUCGCAAGACAAGUCAGACUUCCCGGAUUGAAACAGAAGAGGAUAAGGUGGAGCCCAACAAUCAUCUCAAGGUCGAACCACCCUCCGAAGACUCACACACAUUACCACAACCACCCACAAGCGACACCAUGGUGAAUGGCCAUGCACCCGCACGUCCGCGCCCCAGCUUAGAUGCUGACAUUUCUGAUCUUCUCCAACAUAGAUCAGCCGGCUCACGACCCAACUCUACUUCCGACCUGCAAAAGCGCAAGAACCGCCCACUUGGCCGCGCACCGAGCGGGAUCUCUAACCGUUCCAUGUCUGCUUCGAACCAGUCUGGCGGACUGUCACCCGUUCACCAGUCAGAUGAGACGGCCGAUCUUCCUGAAGAGGUCAGGAACAGCACUUGUGAAGUUCCUUUGCCGCCUUCUACGCAGCUGGGGUAUGAGACCGCGGAGGCGGAACAGCAUCGAUUACAGAUGAGCAAGCGGAUGGGGACGAAGCUGGAGGAUGAGGGAGGGUUGAGGAGGCUGGCCAAUGUGGGGACGGUGAAGGAUAGUGCGAGUAUUGCUGAUGCAGGGGUGGGGAACAGGGUGAGAGGGAGGCAUCGCGCGAAGUGA